UAUACUAAACUUAAAUGACGGGUGUUACAUUACUGACAGUUGCUUGCAACCACACGUCAACACAUCAUGGCCUUUACUUGAAAGAAACAGUCUCUUAAACAUAAAUUUUAUGCACAUACUCAAGUCCAAAUUAUAAUUCAUCAAAUAGUCUACUUUUCCUCUUGUGAACAUAUCAAGUAACAAUCUGCGAAUAUGGGUGUAUCUUAUACAGAUAAUUGUAUAUCUUGCCCUAUCAAACAAGGGCAUCAUGAAAACAUAAAAGAAGUUAACAUAAAUGCAAUAUAUCGCAGUGAUGAAGUUUAUAAAGAUUGCAGUUAUCAACAGCCGGCUAGUGUAAAUUUUUUCAAGAAUAAAAAGAUGAAAACAACGUCAGACCCCAAACUUGAGUCUCAAAAAAUUAACAGAGAGCUGCCAAAGUAUAUACGACAUCUAUAUACGCAGUCCUACUAUUGGUCAAAAGUGUAUAAUUCACCUGUAACAGAACGACAAUGUAAGGUAAAGCAAUUCAAACGAAAUGUAUGUCAAUUAUCCGCUUCAGAUUUCAACUUAGAUAGCGAUCAAUUAAAUAGACUCCCGAAAGACAACAACCCUCAAGCGUCUCAUAUAUCUACGGAGAACGUAGGCACGUCAGUUGCUUCGUUUUUAAAAUCUAAGCAAUCUCUAUCAACUAAAGUAAAGGCAUGGUACAAAGUCACUUUUCCAAGAUUAGUAUGCCCGUGUUGUACCGGCGGGAGCGACGGCAUGGCCCCAUACCGCAACCAGAGUGCGGCGGAAUCUUAUGAAAGCAUCGAUUUGAAAGCUUGCUCCAACAAUGCUCUUGACAAUAUAGACUUGGAUGCUUCUCUUAUGAGUAUCAUACAUUUGCAUAGAAGCUCAAAACCCAGAAGAACACCUAAGGUCUGUGCCAAAAUAGUUUGUGGUGUACUUCGGAAUUCUUAUAAAAACGCGAUAUAUAUCAUAAGCACCAAUAAAUAAAACAUUUGACUUAGAAUAAAUUAAUACUUAUAGCAGAAAAAGAAAGAGUUUGCAUUACGUACUUGCAGAACAUAAAGCAAAAUGACAGCUGAGAUUUUUUGGACAGAUAUGUCAUUUUGGGGUGCACAAUGUGUUAAUUUUUUAGUAUAACUACAGUAUUGCUGAAUUAUUUCAUGAAAUGCAUAGACCGUCCUGAUUUACCGGCAAAAACUUCCUCUAAGAUGGAUUAAUCAAUAUGAAUAAGAUUCUGAGCAAAUCGGGCCUACUUAGAAGGCAAAACACAUAAUGAAUGAAUCUUAUCUACCAUGACAAAAUUCGGAAAAGUUGGUAACUCAAGCAAGACAAGCAAUAUAAAAGAGAAAUGUAAACAUUACUUCAAAUCCAUAUGUAUGUGUGGAUUGUGUAUAGAAAAAUGGAAAAAUCGAAAAGGUAAUGCUCAGAGGCCGCAAACAGUACCGAAUGUUGGAAGUGCUAUACAAAACAAAAAAAGUAACUUGAAUACACCAAAUGCGCGGGGUCCGAAUGUUCCGCGGGGAGCAAAUGCACCGCGAGGACCUAACGCACCGAAGGCACCUAAUGCACCACGGGUCCCCAACGUACCAAAAGGACCAAACAGGAAUAUAAGAAAUAGAACUUUCAGAAAUAUAUCCGAUAAUGGAGUCGACCAAACUCAAGUAUACUACUUUACUAAGACCAACUUAGAUUCAAAUAUACCCAAAUACAACAUGAACUCUAAUGACGUUAUCAAAACUGAAAACUUCAUCAAAAUUCAAGGUAAAUGUGAGCCUUCCUUGCAGUGUAUCUAUUUACAUGAAGACCACCCACUGCACAUGCACAGUGAAUACAACAAAGUUUUUGCCCCAGCUAAUAAAACACGUACUUUUGGCCAGUGCUAUAAUGUCGCUCCUUUAAAAAAAAGACCCACUCAUGCAACAAAAAAUUCAAAAAACAUAUUUACAACACUGUUUCUCUGUUGUUUGAGAGGAAAACAAAAUAAAGGGGCGAAAAACUUGGAAAGUGUAGGAAUUCAACAAGCAGCAUGCACCAACCUGUGUAAGGCCGGGACGGUCGCAUCGAGUGCACGGGCAGAUGUACACGUCAUUAGCGCAUUCAACAGAGAUUCAUAUGAUUUCGGCUGUCAGUACAGUUUAAAAUCUAAUCACAGCCUGGAAAUAAUCUCUCAAAUACUUACCAGAUCUGCCUCAAAAGUUUCGUCAUCAGUAAGCGUAUACAGCUCAAAAAUGCGGCAUCGCAUUCGAAAAAAUAAGAAGUCGCCUAGUGUCCUUCAAGUUAUGAUGUACACUUUAGCAAGAAAAAUAAAAGACAAGCAUUCUAAAACUCCGCUUAGAAACAAAAAGAAUAAUGUAGUAGUCCUAAAAGUGCCCAAAAAAUUCAGCAAUACUUCAACCACUGGCACGAUAUCGACUACACGAAAUAGCACCAAAUUAGAAAAACCUUUAGUAAUCAGAGAUGAUUCUUCACAUAAUCACAUCAACAUAAAUCGUGUGGUCAGUUCAAGAAAUAAAAUAUGGGGACCAGGAGAAGUUCUUCUGAAAAAACCUUAAAGUUUUAUAGCGGUAAGAUAGCGCAAAAAUUGUGUAGGUACCACUUCGAUUUGCCU